AUGCAUUUGAUGAAGCCUGGUACCGUUGUCACUGCCGGUGCGACCUUGGAUAUCCAUCUUGAAGCGAUCGAGUUGCUCUUUGGGCUUGGAACCCCACAUGCACAGCAAUGGCCUGGAAUACACAAUGUAUGCCGUCAUAUGGAAAGGAACUUUGAGAUUUUGCUGCAGGACCGGUUCGGAAUCGUCUGGAAGAUCCUCAAGCGAGAGAGGCCAACCAAUGCCCUCGAGGGCUGGCACUGGUGCCUCGCGGUGCUCCGGGGAUUUCAGGGCCUGCAAGGGGACGAACAGGUGAGUAUGGAGACGGUCUACCAUCACCUGGUCCAAGGAGGCAAUCCGGCCGAAUUCAGCGUGUUUGAGAAGGACUGCGCGCUUGUUGCGAUAUUUGCAGUCCUGUGCUGGACAUCGAUGACAAUACACCCAGGCUUGAACGCUGGAGAUGACCGACACCCACUUCUCCUCGCAUCAGGAGAAUCUCCCCCGGUCACCCUCCGACAAUCUGCCAGGAGGCCCAUCAAGAAGGUAUUCCGUGCCCUGAGGGGUGCAUUGGGGGGCGAUGUUGGGGCAGAUUGGGCCACGGAGAUGGACAUCCUUUAUGAAUCAAGUGUCAACAUUUACUCGCUAUAUACGAUCGGCCGGGUGAGGGUGGAGUGGGUUGACGAUCUAGCAUCUCAUCUUGCCUUCGAUCGACAGUCCCGAACACUUUCAGUCUUCUGUUUGCCGACCUUCUGCGCGAGCAACAUUCUACAGACACGCCCACUCCAGGUUCUCUCUCAGGCCUUUUCUGAGAUUCUUCCCUCCAGAUAUUAUACCGACAGUCCAUCCAACGAGGCCGCAUCUCUUCACCGUGAAGUCCUCCUCUCAUACCGCCUGCUCUUCGGCCAGUCUUCACGUUCCCGUAAGCUAGCCUUCAAGCUACUCGAGCAACUUGAGAAAUCGUCCGGAGAGAUAGACCCGUUUCUCCACACCAUUUGCAGCGCCUCGGGCACGCAGUCCAGGUUUCUCCGCCGCUGCGCCAAGUCCAGCUUCCCAGUCGAGCUGUUGCCCAUGUCCAACAUCGAUCUUCACACCUCGCCCGUCGAGCCCGAUACCUACUCCGCCAGAAACGACUUCCCCCAUUUUGGACAUCGGCUCUUGGUGGUCCAGCAGUACAAUCUGAAGCAGCAGCCGAGUCGAGUCAGAGAUCUGUGGCGAGAUAGGAGGAAUCCUCUGCAGUGGUAUACCUUCUGGGCUGUACUCUGGUUGGGUGGCAUUUCAACUCUCUUGAGUGUGGUUCAGAUCGCUAUCGGUAUAGUGCAGACAUACUACUCAGCCAUGUAG